CAUGAAAAGUCUUGGGACCACUAUCACUUUACCAGGAACCAAUUCAGAGUGUUGAUGUUCAACUGGGUUCAAGCUAGGAAAACAUUCUUAGUGAAGGCAGUGAUGACUCUCACAGAAGCUUGUGCUGCUUAUGAGACUGAAAUGAUGCUGGCUAAUAAUAGAAGAAAGCAGCAGGAAAUAUGUGCUAAUCUGAAAGAGAAGGUGCUGCUAUGGCGUGCGCAGCAAGAGGAGGCUGCCCGACUGGAAGCUGCUAUUGCUGCCCGAAGAAAAGAAGAAGAAGAUGAAAAGGAGAAGUAUCAGAAAGAAAAAGAACUGCUUCAGAGAGCUGAGGAUAAAGAAAAAGUGAAAAAAUACUGGGCUGAAAAACAGCGCAAGUGGCAGGAGCUGGAAGCAAAAGAUCUCCUGCGUUUGGCAGAAUUCAAGAAAUUAAUGGCUGAACAGAUCAUUAAAGACAAAGAAAGAGUUCAGUUUAGGCAAAAGCUGUUGGAAACGCACUUGAUGGAGAAAAAAGCGUCAAUCCUCAAGGAAGCCCAGGAAGAAGAAGAAAGGAAGAAGCGCCUUGAUGCUCUGAGGCAACAGGUUGCUGUUGUUGCAGAAUUUGAUCCUGCUCGGAUGAUGGCUGAUACAGUGGCCUCUAAGGCACGGAUGGGUAUUGGGACCAAAGAGGAAUUUAUUCUACAGAAACCUUUGUUUGUGUUGCAUACAUUCAGUACUGAGCAGAUAAUUUCUGAUACCCGAGUUCGUGUUGAGCUGGCUCUCCGGGAAGCUGGACUUCAUAGCACUGUUUAUGCUCAAGAGCUCUUACCUAAAAUCCCACCACCAAAACUUCCAAGGAGAGACAUGGCCUCCACAAUUUUUAAAAUAUAGAACUCUGCAAUAUGGUCAAAUGCUUUAAUUUCCUCCCAUGAUAUUAAGAAUGCAUAAAUAAACUAUUAUAGUUAAAAAAAAUAAGCUGGAUACUGAGUUGAUGGGGUUUUUUCCCCCUUUGUAGAGAAAAUAUAUUGAAAAUAAGGCAUUGCCUAGAAGUUUUCAAUGGACCAUCUAUUUCAUACUCUCCCUGCCUACAAUCUUGCGCAUUGCUGUAUGGGACGUCUUCUUAGAACAACUUACUGAAGCUGCAGUCUAAUUGUUUUUAGGGGAAGUCAUCUUUCUUGAAGAACAUCUGCAGGAAAGUACAACCUGUGCUUGACUAUACAUAUCCAUAUGGGAACGCAUAUAAUUCCUUGCAUUGGGGCUAGAAAAGCAGUGUGCGGCCCUGAAUUCAACUGAAAUAUCCUGAGUUCAGACCACACUCAUCUGCAGAGCUCACUGGCUAAUCUUGAGCAAUCCGUUGGGAGAGAUUAAUCAAAAGUUUUAUGUAAAUCCAUGGGGCACUUUGGGAUGAUUUCCCCAUCUCUACUUGCGCCAUUCCCAAGCGGACUCCCUGCCUCAUCUUCUUUCCAAGACUGUGCAAACCAUUCUGCGAUGGAGGAGUAGCCAGAUGCAUGCA